AUGUCGGGGGCAACGACCUUCGACUCGAUCAACCUGACUGUCACUCCGAACCAGAACAAGAAGAUCGCCUACUUCUACGACUCGGAUGUCGGUAACUAUGCCUACGUCUCGGGCCAUCCGAUGAAGCCGCACCGCAUCAGGAUGGCCCACAGCCUGGUAAUGAACUAUGGACUGUACAAGAAGAUGGAGAUUUAUCGCGCGAAACCUGCAUCCAAAUUUGAGAUGACGCAGUUCCAUACAGACGAAUACAUCGACUUCCUAUCGAAAGUGACGCCAGAUAAUAUGGACCAGUUCUCUAAAGAACAGAGCAAGUAUAACGUCGGAGAUGACUGCCCUGUGUUCGAUGGUCUCUUUGAAUUCUGUGGCAUCAGUGCCGGAGGCAGUAUGGAGGGUGCUGCGCGCCUCAACCGCAACAAAUGUGACAUCGCCAUCAACUGGGCCGGUGGUCUGCACCAUGCAAAGAAGAGCGAGGCGAGCGGCUUCUGCUAUGUGAAUGAUAUUGUCCUCGGUAUCCUGGAGCUGCUGCGAUUCAAGCAGCGUGUUCUCUAUGUCGAUAUUGAUGUCCAUCAUGGCGAUGGCGUCGAGGAGGCGUUCUACACCACGGACCGUGUCAUGACUGUCUCCUUCCACAAGUACGGAGAGUACUUCCCCGGCACUGGCGAACUGCGCGACAUUGGUGUUGGCCAAGGAAAAUACUAUGCCGUCAACUUUCCUCUCCGCGAUGGCAUUGACGAUAUCUCCUACAAGAGUAUCUUCGAGCCGGUCAUCAAGGCUGUCAUGGAGUGGUACCGGCCUGAGGCCGUUGUCCUCCAGUGUGGUGGCGACAGCUUGUCUGGCGACCGCCUGGGAUGCUUCAACCUCAGCAUGAGAGGUCAUGCCAACUGCGUCAACUUCGUGAAGAGCUUUAACUUGCCUACUCUGGUCGUGGGUGGCGGAGGUUAUACGAUGCGCAACGUCGCCCGCACCUGGGCUUUCGAGACUGGUAUCCUGGCAGGCGAGAUACUGGGAUCCCAGCUCCCCUACAACGACUACUACGAAUACUUCUCGCCGGACUACGAGCUCGACGUUCGUCCAUCCAAUAUGGACAACGCCAAUACCAAGGAAUAUCUUGAUAAAAUUCGCAGUCAGGUGAUUGAAAACCUCAAGCGCACGGCAUUCGCGCCCUCUGUACAGAUGACCGACGUUCCUCGCGAGCCAUUGGUGGAGGGCAUGGAUGACGAGGCUGAUGCGAUCCUGGACGACCUGGACGAGGACGAGAAUAAGGACAAGCGUUACACCAAGCGCCGUUUUGACCAGUACAUCGAGAAGACUGGAGAGUUGAGUGACAGUGAGGAUGAAGAAGAGCUCGCCGCCAAUGGCGUCCGCCGUCAACCUGCUCCCAAGCGACGAAACCAUGCGAACUACCGGCAUCUUGAUGUCGCGGAUUCGGGAGUGGAAAGUGGAAUUGCAACUCCCAGGGAAGCUUCCUCGGCUCCUGAUGAAGACAUGGACACGACGGCCGAUGGCCACGCGGACAAGGCGGAAGCGCCGGCCACAACGGUAGAGCAGCCCGCGUCAUCUGAAGCCAAGCCGGCUCCGAAGCCUGACGAAGAGCCCGCCGCUGAGAGCAAGGAAGCGGCUCCAGAAGGGACUGGGCAGGCGGUCUCAUCCCCAAUGACGGUGUUGACUUAUGUCAGUUCGGAUGUCGACAUGGAAGACGCGGGCGCCGCACCGCAAGAGCCGGAGCAACCUCCUGCGGCCGCUGGCGCAGCAGCAGCACAGGAGAAGACGCCUCCCGCGUCGCCCCCUCAGGAACCUGCUGCCACGGAGCAGCCUGCUCCUGCAGAACGAUCCGCCUCGCCUGCGACCGAGGCGCCCCAGCCUACGGAGGCGCCCGCGGAAGCGACGGGCGAACCUAGUGUCGAAAAACCCAAAGAGACAGAGGCAGCGGCACCGGCAGCGGAGACGGAGGUGAAAGCAGAACAACAGCCCGAGAAAGAAAAAGAGAAAGAAGAAGCCUCUGAGCCGAAAGAGCCAGCGAAGUCCGAAGAAUCAUGA